AUGGCCGGCACCAAACCGAAUGUGCUCAUCAUUGGAGGCCUUGGCUAUAUCGGACGCUUCUUGACCAACUACAUGCACAGCAAUUCGCUUGCUUCGACGCUCCGGAUAGUGGACAAGCAACUGCCGCAGCUGGCCUCGCUGGCUCCCGAACACAAAGAUGCUUGCAGCGCCAACUUCAUGCAGGCCGAUGCAUCACGACCACAAUCACUGAGCCGUGUCUUCGACCUGCCCGAUGGCCAGUCGUUCGAUUACGUCUUCAAUUGCGGUGGUGAGACGCGCCACUCUCAGGAUGACGAGGUCUACAAGCUGCGAUCCUACGACCUAUCUCUCAACGUGGCUCAGGAGGCUGCCCGUCGUCAUAUCAAAGUCUAUGUUGAGCUAUCCACCGGCACAGUCUACGACAGCAAACGCGACCCGCCGCGCAAGGAAACAGACAAGCUCAAGCCCUCGCUCAAGCAAGCAAAAUGGAAGCUACAGGCCGAGGAAGACCUCAGCAAGAUUGCAAAUCUACCACUGGUCAUUCUGAGACUACCCAACGUCUACGGCCCGUACUGCGGUCAAUGGAUGGGCACACAGUUGGCACUGGCCCGUGUGUAUCAAGGCAUCGAGAAAGAGUUGAAAUGGCUAUGGGGUCCUGAAUUGCGUACACACACCGUUCACGUCGACGACGUUGUCCGUGCUUGUUGGUCUGCUGCCGAAUGGCGAGCUAAUCAGGCACAAAGCGGUGCUACUGCUGCCGACAGUGCCCCUCCCACCCCUACUUCUCCUACCCCUAAAAAGGGUCCCUUGUCUUCAGCCUCGGUCUUCAAUAUUGUCGACAAGGGUGACACAAGUCAAGGUACCAUGGCCGACAUCACAAAGGCUCUCCUUGGUAUAGAGACAGGCUUCCAGAACGUUCUUAUCAACACCUUUGCACGUCUUAACCUCGAGUCCGUCGUAGACGAUGUAAAUGACGAGACCCUCGACCCCUGGGCCGAGCUUCAACAGAAAGCUGGCAUCGAAGGCGGUACUGGUCCAUUGAGUCCGUUCAUGGAGAAGGAGCUACUACGCGAAGCCGAUCUCUGCAUCGACGGCACAAAAUUCGAGCAAACAGUUGGAUUCAAGUACACACACGAAAAGUUCACAAAGCAAGAAGUGGAAGCCGUAAUCGACAGUUACAAACGCAUGAAAUGGUGGCCUUGA